GCUGUGGUGGCCCAGUGGGCGACAGGGCUUCCAGCCCCAGGCAAAUAUGUCAGUCGCCAUCGCAGCCUACUGUUGAUCUGCCUGCACUGCUCUCUCUUCUGUCGCCAGGGUGCUGUCCGCUUCCUGUGGCCUGGUGGCUUUGAUCUCUCCCUGUCAGUGGAUGUGUGCUGAGGCAUGAGCCCCACAGCUCUCACCCUCUUUCCUCUUAUAGCCUCCUACUGUACCACUUCUUUCUUCUUCGUUAGCCCGCAUGCAUUUCUAGGCUCCUCUAACAUUCUGUUCCUCUUCCUUCUCAAUAGACUGACUGACUGAAUAUAGCCUAGCUUGCCUUUUUAAUGUACUUAUUUGAUGUCACACAGACCCAAUCAGAGUAGGAUAUACGCUACAUGACCAAAAGUAUGUGGACACCUGCUCUUAAAACAUCUCAUUCCAAAAUCAAUGGCAUUUAUAUGGUGUUGGUCCCCCCUUUGCUGCUAUAACAGCCUCUCUUCUGGGAAGGCAUUCCACUAGAUGUUGGAACAUUGCUGCAGGGACUUGCUUCCAUUCAGCCACGAGCAUUAGUGAGGUCAGGCACUGAUGUUUGAUGAUUAGGCCUGGCUCGCAGUCGGCGUUCCAAUUCAUCCCAAAGGUGUUAGAUGGAAUUGAGGUCAGGGCUCUGUGCAGGCCAGUCAAGUUCUUCAACACUGAUCUUGACAAACCAUUUCUGUAUGGACCUUGCUUUGUGCACGGGACAUUGUCAUGCUGAAACAGGAAAGGGCCUUCCCCAAACUGUUGCCACAAAGUUGGAAGCACAGAAUCGUCUAGAAUGUAAUUGUAUGCUGUAGUGUUAGAUUCCCCUUCACUGGAACUAAGGGGCCUGGCCCAAACUAUGAAAAACAGCCCCAGACCAUUAUUCCUCUUCCACCAAACUUUACAGUUGGCACUAUGCAUUGGGGCAGGUAGCGUUCUACUGGCAUCCUCCAAACCCAGAUUCGUCCGUCGGACUGCCAGAUGGUGAAGCAUGAUUCAUCACUCCAGAGAACGCGUUUCCACUGCUCCAGAGUCCUGUGGCGGCGAGCUUUACACCACUCCAACCGACGCUUGUUAUUGAGCAUGGUGAAUUUAGGCUUGUGUGCGGAUUCUCGGCCAUGGAAACCUAUUUCAUGAACCUCCCGACGGAACAGUUCUUGUGCUGACGUUGCUUCCAGAGGCAGUUUGGAACACAGUAGUGAGUGUUGCGACCGAGGACGGACGAUUUCAGCACUCGACGGUCCAGUUCUGUGAGCUUGUGUGGCCUACCUCUUCGCAGCUGAGCCGUUGUUGCUUCUAGACGUUUCCACUUCAAAAUAACAGCACUUACAGUUGACCGGGGAAGCUCUAAUAGGGCAGCAAUUUGACGAACUGAAUAGUUGGAAAGGUGGCAUCCUAUGACUGUGUCACGUUGAAAGUCACUGAGCCUUUCAUUAAGGCCAUUCUACUGCAAAUGUUUGUCUAUGGAGAUUGCAUGGUGGUGUGCUCGAUUAUAUACACCUGUCAGCAACUGGUGUGGCUGAAAUAGCCGAAUCCACUAAUUUGAAGGGGUGUCCACAUACCUUUGUGUAUAUAUAGUGUAGCAUAGACCUAUUAAUGCAUUUUUGUUCAAUUGACUUGAUUUUCUAGUUAUGUAGACUAAAGUGAACGAUUUCAUUCUUUGUUAUAAAUUAGCAUGUAUUGCUACUUGGGGUCUGACUGGUGUUGAUGUGUUUUCUCUCUUUCCUCUAGGGGCUGCCCCAGUCAAAGUGGAGAUGCCUGCUCUCUCUCCCACCAUGGAGGAGGGAAACAUUGUCAAAUGGUUGAAGAAAGAAGGUAAGAGAGCCCCUGCCUCCAUUUGCCAACGUUCACAACAUACUCAGCUUCUCUAUUGCAUGUAGACUACAAUCCUACAUAACAUAAUCCAGCCUACUACACAAAUCCAAUAUGGUUGAUUUAAAUUUUACAUCUCCAUCCAUAUACCUUCAUAAAGACACACUCAUCACCCUAAACAUAUUCUACAUUUUGAGAUGUGAGUAAUGACUGGGAAUAUUCCAUGGACCAGUUAAUUAAGCCUUGGCAGUUCAGUGUUGGUCAGAUUAGCCAACUCUCUCAUUUAUUAAGGAGGAGAAAAGCAGUGCCAUGUUUCUCCCUUUCUCCACCUCGGAGUGAUGGAGGGGCCAGAGUGUUCAUUAUUGACCAUGUGACAUCAUAUCCUUCUACACAGCAGUCAGAGCCCAGGCAGGCUGAGAAAGGAAGGCACCUGAAACUUGGCAUUGUCUAUGUCACUGGGUAGCAACGCUGUUCCCCCUCGCCGCCAUAGCCACAUAGCCAUUCAUCAGAGACAGUCAGCCCAUACCCUGCUCCUAUUGGUCGAUUUACACUUGUGUAGCCUCAGUUGUCAUGUGGCUGUUAUAACACUGGAAUGUGGUGUCUAUGGGAAUGUAUCUCAUGGUAUUGCGAGCAUAAUUAUCAGCAUUUUAUAAAGACUUGUGUAGGUUUCACUGUCACUCUGUAGCCUAAAUAUAGUGGCGUAAUAUGAAUGCCUUUUGGGUUUUGACGUUCAUCAUGUGUUUCGUCAGAGAUGGUAUAAAAAUGAUCAUGUUUUUGGGUUGUAAUAAGCUUGUGGAAAUAAAACAACGUGCGGUGAUGUGCCCAGAUGGAACGAACUUGCAGAGCACAAUGAUUGGUUUUUCAUUGCUGUGUGAUGCGAGUGUGGGAGCAUGUGUUAUUUCAAGUGGAGAAGGAAUUCUAUUCUGCAGAAACCACAACAUAUUUUCACUGUUUCCUGGGUGCGUGCUUGCAUUGUGUGAGUAGUCGUAUGACCUGUGUGAGUUGAUGGCAGCAUAGCCCAAAAAUGUUUUUGGUAUCUGAUAGUUCUGGCAAUUCUCACAUAGAACCUUUAUUUGGAGGAAGGAUGUUUGAUAUGCUUUUUACAUUUGUAACACAAUUGUUUUGUUGUUGAAAAUCACAAUGAAAGUGGCCGUUUGAGGCCCUUCUUAGACCUAUACAUGUCCCCUGUGACACCCAAUUAUCCAUGAUACAAGCAACAUCUUGGUGUCAUUAUACUCCAUAGUGUGCUCUAAAAUAUGUAGUAUUGCUACAUUCUGAAAUACAAUUUUACACGAAUGUAUUCAACAUUAAAACUAUGAAUAUCUCAAAAGUCCCCUCUUGGUAUUUUUUAGAAAUAUCGUUUUACAUUUCCAGAGUGGGCUCUCUGCUACUGUUAAGAUACAUUUUAUGAGCACCACCAACACAUUGAAUGGGGAAAUGGAUUCAAAGGGAACUCUGCUGGUGAUUUGAUAAAUAUGCAAUCCUGCAGAAGGGCUAUGAUUGGUAAAAUUGGUCAAUUUCUAUGUUUUAAAAUGGAUAAUUUCUUAAAAAGUAGCCGAGAGCCCACUCUGGAAAUUUGAUGUUUGAAUAGUAUAUUGUUCCAAACAAUAUGUGGGUGAUUCCACACGAUGGUCAACCUUAGCAUCCUAAAUUAAUAAUUUCCAAUGGAAACCAUGUUUCUUAUUAUCCUUAAGGUCUAUAUUUUGGAGGAAACUGUAUGAAUUCUCCAUCACUCUCCUUGGUCAAAUAGGCCUUACAUAGCCUGGAGGUGUGUUUUGGAUCAUUGUCCUGUUGAAAAACAAAUGAUAGGAUGGCGUAUCGCUGCAGCGUCACCAGCAAAGCACCACCACACCACCACCUCAAUGCUUCACGAUGGGAACCAAACAUGCGGAGAUCAUCCGUUCACCUACUCUGCGUCUCACAAAGACACGGCGGUUGGAACCAAAAAUCUCACUUUUGACUCAUCAGGUUUACAUAAACUUAGGCUGGAGUCAUUAAAACUCGUUUUUCAAACACUCUACAAAUUUCUUGUUAACAAACUAUAUUUUUGGCAAGUCGGUUAGGACAUCUACUUUGUGCGUGACAAGUAAUUUUUCCAACAAUUGUUUACAGACAGAUUAUUUCAUUUAUAAUUCACUGUAUCACAAUUCCAGUGGGUCAGAAGUUUACAUACACUAAGUUGACUGUGCCUUUAAACAGCAUGGAAAAUUCCAGAAAAUGAUGUCAUGACUUUAGAAGCUUCUGAUAGGCUAAUUGACAUCAUUUGAGUCAAUUGGAGGUGUAGCUGUGGAUGUAUUUCAAGGCCUACUUUCAAACUAAGUGCCUCUUUGCUUGACAUCAUGGGAAAAUCUAAAGACAUCAGCCAAGACCUCAGAAAAAAAAUUGUAGACCUCCACAAGUCUGGUUCAUCCUUGGGAGCAAUUUCCAAAUGUCUGAAGGUACCACGUUCAUCUGUACAAACAAUAGUAAGCAAGAAUAAACACCAUGGGACCACGCAGCCGUCAUACCGCUCAGGAAGGAGACGCGUUCUGUCUCCUAGAGAUUAACAUACUUUGGUGCGAAAAGUGCAAAUAAAUCCCAGAGCAACAGCAAAGGACAUUGUGAAGAUGCUGGAGGAAACAGGUACAAAAGUAUCUAUAUCCACAGUAAAACAAGUCCUAUAUCAACAACCUGAAAUGUCCUCUUGUCUGAUUAAACAAAAAUAGAACUGUUUGGCCAUAAUGACCAUCGUUAUAAGAACACCAUCCCAAACGUGAAGCACGGGGUGGCAGCAUCAUGCUGUGGGGAUGCUUUGCUGCAAGAGGGACUGGUGCACUUCACAAAAUACAGUGGGGAAAAAAAGUAUUUAGUCAGCCACCAAUUGUGCAAGUUCUCCCACUUAAAAAGAUGAGAGGCCUGUAAUUUUCAUCAUAGGUACACGUCAACUAUGACAGACAAAUUGAGAGAAAAAAAAUCCAGAAAAUCACAUUGUAGGAUUUUUAAUGAAUUUAUUUGCAAAUUAUGGUGGAAAAUAAGUAUUUGCUCACCUACAAACAAGCAAGAUUUCUGUCUCUCACAGACCUGUAACUUCUUCUUUAAGAGGCUCCUCUGUCCUCCACUCGUUACCUGUAUUAAUGGCACCCGUUUGAACUUGUUAUCAGUAUAAAAGACACCUGUCCACAACCUCAAACAGUCACACUCCAAACUCCACUAUGGCCAAGACCAAAGAGCUGUCAAAGGACACCAGAAACAAAAUUGUAGACCUGCACCAGGCUGGGAAGACUGAAUCUGCAAUAGGUAAGCAGCUUGGUUUGAAGAAAUCAACUGUGGGAGCAAUUAUUAGGAAAUGGAAGACAUACAAGACCACUGAUAAUCUCCCUUGAUCUGGGGCUCCACGCAAGAUCUCACCCCGUGGGGUCAAUGAUCACAAGAACGGUGAGCAAAAAUCCCAGAACCACACGGGGGGACCUAGUGAAUGACCUGCAGAGAGCUGGGACCAAAGUAACAAAGCCUACCAUCAGUAACACACUACGCCGCCAGGGACUCAAAUCCUGCAGUGCCAGACGUGUCCCCCUGCUUAAGCCAGUACAUGUCCGUGUCCGUCUGAAGUUUGCUAGAGUGCAUUUGGAUGAUCCAGAAGAGGAUUGGGAGAAUGUCAUAUGGUCAGAUGAAACCAAAAUAGAACUUUUUGGUAAAAACUCAACUCGUCGUGUUUGGAGGACAAAGAAUGCUGAGUUGCAUCCAAAGAACACCAUACCUACUGUGAAGCAUGGGGGUGGAAACAUCAUGCUUUGGGGCUGUUUUUCUGCAAAGGGACCAGGACGACUGAUCCGUGUAAAGGAAAGAAUGAAUGGGGCCAUGUAUCGUGAGAUUUUGAGUGAAAACCUCCUUCCAUCAGCAAGGGCAUUGAAGAUGAAACGUGGCUGGGUCUUUCAGCAUGACAAUGAUCCCAAACACACCGCCCGGGCAACGAAGGAGUGGCUUCGUAAGAAGCAUUUCAGGGUCCUGGAGUGGCCUAGCAAGUCUCCAGAUCUCAACCCCAUAGAAAAUCUUUGGAGGGAGUUGAAAGUCUGUGUUGCCCAGCGACAGCCCCAAAACAUCACUGCUCUAGAGGAGAUCUGCAUGGAGGAAUGGGCCAAAAUACCAGCAACAGUGUGUGAACCUUGUGAAGACUUACAGAAAACGUUUGACCGGUGUCAUUGCCAACAAAGGGUAUAUAACAAAGUAUUGAGAAACUUUUGUUAUUGACCAAAUACUUAUUUUCCACCAUAAUUUGCAAAUAAAUUCAUUUAAAAAUCCUACAAUGUGAUUUUCUGGAAAAAUAUUUUCUCAUUUUGUCUGUCAUAGUUGACGUGUACCUAUGAUGAAAAUUACAGGCCUCUCUCAUCAUUUUAAGUGGGAGAACUUGCACAAUUGGUGGCUGACUAAAUACUUUUUUCCCCCACUGUAGAUGGCAUGAUGAGGAAGGACAAUUAUGUGGACAUCUCAAGACAUCAGUCAGGAAGUUAAAGCUUGGUCGCCAAUGGGUCUUCCAAAUGGACUAUAACCCCAAGCAUACUUCCAAAGUUGUGGCAAAAUGGCUUAAGGACAACAAAGUCAAGGUAUUGGAGUGGCCAUCACAAAGCCCUGACCCUGAAUCCUAUAUAAAAUGUGUGGGCAGAACUGAAAAGGCGUGUGCGAGCAAGGAGGCCUACAAACCUGACUCAUUUACACCAGCUCUGUCAGGAGGAAUGGGCCAAAAUACACCCAACUUAUUGUGGGAAGCUUGUGGAAGGCUACCUGACAUGUUUGACCCAAGUUAAACAAUUUAAAGGCAAUGCUACCAAAUACUAAUUGAGUGUAUGUAACCUUCUGACCCACUGGGAAUGUGAUGAAAGAAAUAAAAGCUGAAAUAAAUAAUUCUCUCUACUAUUAUUCUGACAUUUCACAUUCUUAAAAUAAAGUGGUGAUCCUAACUGACCUAAGACAUGGAAUUUUUACUAGGAUUGAAUGUCAGGAAUUGUGAAAAACUGAGUUUAAAUGUAUUUGGCUAAUCUGUAUGUAAACUUCCGACUUCAACUGUGUAUGUGUGUGUGUGUGUCACGUUAUCUUUUUAUAAAUGGUCAAAUUGAGUUCCCCUGUCGCCACAAGAUGAAUAGUUUUGACCACACUCCACUGCUAUGAGUGGUGCAGCUAGAAAUCGUAAAUGUCUAUCCUAUAUUGAAAAGGCACCCGCAAAUGAAAAUUCCACAAACAUGUUUAUCUAUUUUGUGCUGUUAGAUUUGAAUUUAGUUUCGUGUUGUUAGAUAUCAUAGUGCCCUGUAAAACAAUAUUCAAAUGUAUUGAACUUAGUAGGAAAUCAACAUAUUGUAUUGAAUUUAUUAGAACAUGAAUAUGGCCAAGAUUAUUUUAAGACAUGAACAAAAUGCGUGAGUAGCUAGGUUUCCAUCCAAUUGGUGACAGACUGUCAUGUGAAUAUUCUAAAAUAUGCUAAUUUUCCAACCAAUGGUGUGUUUCCACCAAACGGACUUGUUGCGGAGAAAAGUCAGUGCUUGAUGACGUAGUGCACACACACUUUACUUUAUGUAACCAACUUUCAAUGUGUUUCCAUCGCAUUAUGAACUUUACCGAUUUUAGUUAGUUGCCUUUUUAAAUAGUAAAUGUGCCUACUCUGGUCUUGGCACGCAUGCUCUAGCCAACAAUUUGCAGAUACAGUUCAGGUAGGCUGUGUUUGUAGGCUACAUGAUGAGAUGAUUAUGGAUAAGAGUGAGAAUAUUUUUACUUGUCAAACAGCAGUCAAGCAUCCAUCGUCAUGUCACCAGAAUAAGACCCUCAAUAUUUAUUGGAAAGGAGCAUCAAGAUCACUGUGCACUUUCACCACCCUGUGAAGUUCAUCAUAACUUAUUUCAUCUGUAGCCUAAUAAACUGCAUGGUUUCCCGAGUCAUAGUGGGAGGAACAAGUUUUCUUCGAUAUGAUGGUUAUUAUAUCAAUAUUUGUGCAUAAAGGCGUUUCCAUCACCAUUUCUUGCAUUAUACAUUUUACCGGCACAAAAAGUUCCCACCAUGUCGAAUGAACAAAUUAGCCAAAAACCUUCUCAAUGUUCACUACAAAGUAGCUAGUGCCUACCUAGUAUCAUGAUUAUUUGCAUCAAAUCUAAUUUUAUUUGCCACAUGUGCCGAAUACAACAGGUGUAGACCUUACACUGAAAUGCUUACUUACAAGCCCUUAACCAACAAUACAGUUUUAAGAAAAGAAAAGUGUUAAGUAAAAAAUAAAAAUAAUUAAAGAGCAGCAGUAAAAUAAAAUAACAGUAGGGAGGAUAUAUACAGGGGGUACCGGUACAGAGUCAAUGUGUGGGGGGGACCGGUUAGUCGAGGUAAUUGAGGUAAUAUGUACAUGGGGGGGGGGGGGGGGGGUAGAGUUAAAGUGACUAUGCGUAGAUAAUAAACAGGCAAUUGCAAAUAGUCCGGGUAGCCAUGAUUAUCUGUUCAGGAGUCUUAUGGCUUGGGGGUAGGAGCUGUUAAGAAGCCUUUUGGACCUAGACUUGGUGCUCCGGUACUGCUUGCCGUGCGAUAGCAGAGAGAACAGUCUGACUAGGGAGGCUGGAGUCUUUGACAAUUUUUAGGGCCUUCCUCUGACAUAGAGGUCCUGGAUGGCAGGAAGCUUGGCCCCAGUGAUGUACUGGGCCGUACGCACUACCCUCUGUAGUGCCUUGCGGUCGGAGGCCGAGCAGUUGCCAUGCCAGGUGGUGAUGCAACCAGUCAGGAUGCUCUCGAUGGUGCAGCUGUAUAACUUUUUGAGGAUCUGAGUUCCCAUGCCAAAUCUUUUCAGUCUGCUGAAGGGGAAUAGGUGGCUAUUUGUUUAGCAAACUCUGCAAUCACGUGUGCUACAGAAACACCGCUAACCAAACAAGUCUCUUGCUGGUGCACAGUUAAAUUAAAGGGUAUCUACAUCCAACAUUUUUUAUUUGUUUUGCCAGACCUCAAAAGUAGUCUCCUGAUGUGGUUUAAGCAUUGUUGUGGACUUAGAACAUCCAAUUUUGCUAUUAAAGUAUGAUUCUGAGAACAAAAACCUGAAAAAGUGGGGGAAAAGGAAAGCUGGAAAAACAAAACAGAAUGGGAUUUGGGAAAAAAGAGAACAUAAUUAUGCAAAAAGUAAAUUUUAUAGGGCCCUAAUCAUUUGCGGCGUACAUCAUGAGCAAAGUCAUUGUAGCCUGUCAUUCCACUUCCUCUGGCAUGAGCACGUGCUGACUUGGAAUUGCUGGAGCGCAGCCGAAUAGUCUGCCAGCAGCCUACCGAAGGUUGCACCGUGUCCAUUACAAUGUAGAAAAAUUUGUCUCUAGUCCAAACCUUUCAAUAGUUAGGAAAUCCAUAUUACCAGAGCAUCAUCUUUUUUAUUUUUCUAUGGUGGAUUCGUUGUCGCAAUUUAUGGAAGAUGCCAGAACUUUGGAGAUAACUUUGGAUGGCAAAAUCAAAGAUACUGGCUUCCCCUAUCCAUCUUUGGCAAAUUUUUCCCUAAAUGCCAAAUUAUGACAACCAGCUCCAGAACCAGCCAUAACCUGGAAAGCUGGCUAAUCUUUUGAAUACUGUGUAGCAACAACAGAUAACAUUAGCUAGCUAGAUACAGACGGGAUACUAGCUAGCUACACUUGACAGCUGUCAGUACCCUACUUGUUGUCCACUCCAUGUGGAAAUCACCACAAUAAAUGUUCCCACCCCUAAUUCAUGAAUAUAUAUUAGCAGCCUGCGUAAUUCUUCGGAGGUGGAACAAAAAAAAUAAAAAAAUCCGCUAUAGGACAGGAAUUAUGUCGAAAUAGGGUCUCUGGUGGGGGACUUUUUAAUAAUAAUAUUUUUAAUAUUGAAUCAAUUCAUGUGAACAUUUUAUUUCAUAAUAUAGACACCAAGAUGUCUGUACCAUGUACGGUUCACGGAUCAGAGUCUUACAGGAGGCAUGCAUAGGUCUAAAAAACGCCACUUUCAUCAUGAUUUAACCCCCAAAAAUGUCAUACAAAUGUAAAAAGCAUGUUAAACAUCCUUCCUCGCAAUAAAGUUUUUAUGUGAGAAUUGCCAGAACAAUAUGUGAUACCAAAAGUAUUUUUGACCAUGCAUGCGUGGAAUCGCCCAGUUGGCUUUGUCACUGGAUAUCCAGCUUUUCCUCUGACCCUAUCCCAUCCCCAGUGGUGUAGUGCACUUUUUUUAGGUGAGGGAGCACCUUUUUUUUUAUGACGUCAUAAUUUCUUAACGUUUGUACAGAGUACUGACAGAUGUAGCCUAUUGAAUAUCAUUGUAGAAUAGGCCUAUGCAUAAACUACAUCCUCCAAUUGCCACAUCUGCCUAUGUAAACCAUAUUGUCAUAAGAAUAUUUUCUAUUUUGAAUACCCUAAAACACCAAGUUAGGCAUAACUAAUUUCAAAAUAGGCCAUAAUCACUGUCAAUCGUGAAUGAUACAUUUUAUUUUUGUGUGUGUGUAUGUAUGUAUGUAUGUAUGUAUGUAUGUAUGUAUGUAUGUAUAUAUAUGUAUAUAUAUAUAUAUAUAUAUAUAUAUAUAUAUAUAUAUAUAUUAGAUUAGAUAGAUAGAUAGAUAGAUAUAGAUAUAUAGAUAUUUUUUUAAACCUUUUAUUUAACUAGGCAAGUCCGUUAAGAACAUUCUUAUUUAUAAUAACUGCCUACACCGGCCAAACCCGGACGACACUUGGUCAGUUGUGCGCCGCCCUAUGGGACUCCCAAUCACGGCCGGUUGUGAUACAUCCUGGAACCGAACCAGGGGGUCUGUAGUGACGCCUCUAGCACUGAGAUGCAGUGCCUUAGACCGCUGCGCCACUCGGCAUCCCAUCUCAAUCAGUUUCAUGGGAAUAUGCAUUUAGAUCUUCUUGAAUUAGUGCUUUGUGAGUGAAUUAAAGCAGAUGGUGUUAACAAACUAGCCUUUCUGUAGACCUAUUUUGUUUCAAUCAAAGCAUAUAUAAUUCCUUAUUCAGCUUCAGAUAAGAAAUGACUGAGGUGUUUUAACAUAUUCUAGGCCUACUAUGCUACAGUAUAUGCUAUUAUAUUCCAAUCAAUCAUUAUGUGAUCUUGCGAGACAUUGAUUAAGCUUUGAUCUAACUUUACUAAACGAACUCCAUGGUGAGAAGUGAUAAUUUUCUAUUUGUAAUAAUAAGUACUGAGUAGGACUAUUAGGCGUAGGCAACAGAUCUUGAUGAGGGUUAUUUUAAGCAAUUUGAGGGCCCUUCGAAUCAUGGUGCUGAAAGGACAGCACCGUAACCGUAUUUGGUCACACGUCGUUCUGGGUUCCACUGCGCAAGAGGGGGUCCGUGGAGUUUUAUGAACGUCAAGGCAGACUCUGUGAAUUUGGAUCCUAGAUCUCAUUGGUGUGAUAAGGUUAAUGUGGUGGAUCAGUUUGUCUGCAUACGCAAUCGAGGUGGUACGUUUCUGUAAGCUAAGCACUCGGACACUAGGGUUGAGUUCAAGUGCGUCGUACAUGAUCCCUAAGUCCAUAACAAACUGUUUUGAGGACAGCCAUUUUAGCAACCCAUGGUGAAGUUUUCUGUCUGUGCCUGUUCUUGUUACGUCGGACCGACGGGCCUCUGCACACACGCCAACAGUUAUUCAUUAUUCGCACCACCGCCAGAGAGCGAGAAGACAGGGAAAAAAACACCAUUUACCUUACCUACCUAUAGGCUAUAGCUUACAUAUUUUUGUUUUUCGUUCUAUUUAUUUAGAGCUUAUUUUCCAGAAAUACACUGCUCAAAAAAAUAAUGGGAACACUAAAAUAACACACCCUAGAUCUGAAUGAAUGAAAUAAUCUUAUGAAAUACUUUUUUCUUUAUAUAGUUGAAUGUGCUGACAACAAAAUCACACAAUGUAUCAAUGGAAAUCAAAUUUAUCAACCCAUGGAGGUCUGGAUUUGGAGUCAAACCACACUACAGGCUGAUCCAACUUUGAUGUAAUGUCCUUAAAACAAGUCAAAAUGAGGCUCAGUAGUGUGUGUGGCCUCCACGUGCCUGUAUGUCCUCCCUACAACGCCUUGGCAUGCUCCUGAUGAGGUGGCGGAUGGUCUCCUGAGGGAUCUCCUCCCAGACCUGGACUAAAGCAUCCGCCAACUCCUGGACAGUCUGUGGUGCAACGUGGCAUUGGUGGAUGGAGCGAGACAUGAUGUCCCAGAUGUGCUCAAUUGGAUUCAGGUCUGGGGAACGGGCGGUCCAUAGCAUCAAUGCCUUCCUCUUGCAGGAACUGCUGACACUCCAGCCACAUGAGGUCUAGCAUUGUCUUGCAUUAGGAGGAACCCAGGGCCAACCGCACCAGCAUAUGGUCUCACAAGGGGUCUGAGGAUCUCAUCUUGGUACCUAAUGGCAGGCAGGCUACCUCUGGCGAGCACAUGGAGGGCUGUGCGGCCCCCCCCCAAAGAAAUGCCACCCCACACCUGCACAUUUGUGGCCUGCUGGAGGUCAUUUUGCAGGGCUCUGGCAGUGCUCCUCCUGCUCCUCCUUGCACAAAGGCGGAGGUAGCAGUCCUGCUGCUGGGUUGUUGCCCUCCUACGGCCUCCUCCACGUCUCCUGAUGUACUGGCCUGUCUCCUGGUAGCGCCUCCAUGCUCUGGACGCUACGCUGACAGACACAGCAAACCUUAUUGCCACAGCUCGCAUUGAUGUGCCAUCCUGGAUGAACUGCACUACCUGAGCCACUUGUGUGGGUUGUAGACUCCGUCUCAUGCUACCACUAGAGUGAAAGCAUCGCCAGCAUUCAAAAGUGACCAAAACAUCAGCCAGGAAGCAUAGGAACUGAGAAGUGGUCUGUGGUCACCACAUGCAAAACCAGUCCUUUAUUGGGGGUGUCUUGCGAAUUGCCUAUAAUUUCCACCUGUUGUCUAUUCCAUUUGCACAACAGCAUGUGACAUUUAUUGUCAAUCAGUGUUGCUUCCUAAGUGGACAGUUUGAUUUUACAGAAGUGUGAUUGACUUGGAGUUACAUUGUGUUGUUUGUGUUCCCUUAAUUUUUUUGAGCAGUGUAUUUUUACCAGCUCCGUGUAUUCUCAAAUUGAAAAAAGUGAGGGCGCGCCGCUCCCCUGCGGUACGGCAGCACUACAUCCCUGCCCAUCCCCUUGUAUUGUAAGUGUGUGUCAUUGUGUAGCUUAAGCCUAUUGCCAUUCCAGUGGGGAAGAGGUGAAAGGGGCAGGUGGUUGACUGUUUAAACCUUAACACCGGCUAACCCCUUGGGUCAUCUGGUGUUAAAACCACACACACACACACACACACACACACACACAAAUAUCCUUUCUAGUCCUCCCUUCUCCCGGCUCUCUGGAGCUUCUGAGGUCAAUACUCACUCCCACCCCUGCCCACUAUUUCCCUCACACCCUGUCCGAUCCUCCCACCACCCUCUCUCCCACAAUUCUCCCUUUUUCUCUUCCUAAAAGUUGAGGUGAUAUUUUACUAGGCAGGCUAUUGGAGCUGAGGAUGGUGUUUCCCUGUAUGGAUGUGUACAGUGCCUUGCAAAAGUAUUCAGCCCCCUUGGCGUUUUUUCCUAUUUUGUUGCAUUACAACCUGUAAUUAUUUUAAUGGAUUUUUAUUUGGAUUUCAUGUAAUGGACAUAUACAAAAUAGUCCAAAUUGGUGAAAAUGAAAUGAAAAAAAAUAACUUGUUUAACCAAAUUCUAAAAAAUUAAUAACGGAAAAGUGGUGCGUGCAUAUGUAUUCACCCGCUUUGCUGUGAAGCCCCUAAAUAGGACCGGUGCAACCAAUUACCUUCAGAAGUCACAUAAUUAGUUAGAUUGCACACAGGUGGACUUUAAGUGUCACAUGAUCUCAGUAUAUAUACACUUGUUCUGAAAGGCCCCAAUCUGCAACAACACUAAGCAAGGGGCACCACCAAGCAAGCAGCACAUCCCACGGAGCACCAUUCAAUCCAUUAUUUUAAAAAAUAUAUUUAAAAAAUAUGGCACCACAACAAACCUGCCAAGAGGGCCGCCCACCAAAACCCACGGACCAGGCAAGGAGGGCAUUAAUCAGAGGCAACAAAGAGAUCAACAAUAACCCUGAAGGAGCUGCAAAGCUCCACAGCGGAGAUUGGAGUAUCUGUUCAUAGGACCACUUUAAGCCGUACACUCCACAGAAGUAUGCUUUACGGAAGAGUGGACAGAAAAAAGCAAUUUCUUAAAGAUAAAAAUAAGCAAACAUUUGGUGUUCGCCAAAAGGCAUGUGGGAGACUCCCCAAACAUGGAAGGAAGGUACUCUGGUCAGAUGAGACUGAAAUUGAGCUUUUUAGCCAUCAAGUGAAACUCUAUGUCUGGCGCAAACCCAACACCUCUCAUCACCCCGAGAACACCAUCCCCACAGUGAAGCAUGGUGGUGGCAUCGGCAGGGACUGGGAAACUGGUCAGAAUGGAAGGAAUGAUGGAUGGUGCUAAAGACAGGGAAAUUCUUGAGGGAAACCUGUUUCGGUCUUCUAGAGAUUUGAGACUGGGACGAAGGUUCACCUUCCAGCAGGACAAUGACCAUAAUCAUACUGCUAAAGCAACACUUGAGUGGUUUAAGGGUAAACAUUUAAAUGUCUUGGAAUAGCCUAGUCAAAGCCCAGACCUCAAUCCAAUUGAGAAUCUGUGGUAUGACUUAAAGAUUGCCGUACACCAGCGGAACUCAUCCAACUUGAAGGAGCUGGAGCAGUUUUGCCUUGAAGAAUGGGCAAAAAUCCCAGUGGCUAGAUGUGCCAAGCUUAUAGAGACAUACCCCAAGAGACUUGCAGCUGUAAUUGCUGCAAAAGGUGGCUCUACAAAGUAUUGACUUUGGGGGGGGAUGAAUAGUUAUGCACACUCAGGUUUUCUGUUUCACCCCAAAAAAUAUUUUGCAUCUUCAAAGUGGUAGGCAUGUGUAAAUCAAAUGAUACAACCCCCCCAAAAAAUCCAUAAUAAUUCCAGGUUGUAAGGCAACAAAAUAGGAAAAAUGCCAUGGGGGGUGAACACUUUCGCAAGCCACUGUACCUUCUUUCUCCCUGUGUUACUGUCCUGACCCGAGGUGACCUUUCCACCCUAGGAUCGCCUGUUGAAAAUAAAGACUGACUCAAUGUGACCCCUUCCCAAUAGGCCCCAACCUCAUCUUCCUCUUCUGGCUUGUCUUCACUCAAUAACAAAUGGCCUCUUUUUAAUAAAAAAUAUCACCACUCCCCGGUUUUAGAUUUGAUUCUCUAGCCCCAUAGGGAAAUGUAGAGACAUGGGGCAAUAUUAUGAAGAACAUACAAAUCUACCAGAACCCCUUCCUUUACACCCAGUACUGCUGCUGUUCUCCUGUUUGUCUGUGUUUCUGUAGGUAAUAAUAAUAAUAAUAAUAAUAAUAAUAAUAGGUGUAAUGUAUGCAUAUAUGGAUGUGGUGGAGGGAAGCAGUGCUUCCUAAUUGCAGUCUUCUUUCAUUGCUUCGCAGAUGUAAAUGUAUUCCUAGCUAUUUCCUAGCCUCCCAUACAACCGCGUUCUAGAGAUGUAGCCUACCAUCAAACAUUCCAAAGAUAAUGUACACAUUUGUAAUCAUGUAGUAACCCAAAAAGUGUUAAACAAAUCAACAUAUGUUUUAUAUUUGAGAUUCUUCAAAGUAGACAACCUUUGCCUUGGUGACAGCUUUGCACACUCUUGGCAUUCUCUCAACCAGCGUGAUGAGGUAGCCACCUGGAAUCCAUUUCAAUUGACAGGUGUGUCUUCUUAAAAGUUAAAAUUUGUGGAAUUAAUUUCCUUCUUAAUGUGUUUGAGCCAAUCAGUUGUGUUGUGACAAGGUAGUGGGGGGGGGGGUAUACAGAAGAUAGCCCUAUUUGGUAAAAGACCAAGUCCAUAUUAUGUCAAGAACAGCUCAAAUAAGCAAUCAUUACUUUAAGAAAUGAAGGUCAGUUAAUACGGAACAUUUCAAGAACUUUGAAAGUGCAGUCGCAAAAACCAUCAAGCGCUAUGAUGAAACUGGCUCUCAUGAGGACCACCACAGGAAUGGAAGACCCAGAGUUACCUCUGCUGCAGAGGAUAAGUUCAUUAGAGUUACCAGCCUCAGAAAUUGCAGCCCAAAUAAAUGCUUCAGAGCGUUCAAGUAACAGACACAUCUCAACAUUGACUGUUCAGAGGGGACUGUGUGAAUCAGGACUUCAUGGUCAAAUUGCUACAAAGUAACCACUACUAAAGGACACCAAUAACACGAGACCUGCUUGGGCCAAGAAACACGAGCAAUGGACAUUAGACCGGUGGAAAUUUGUCCUUUGGUCUGGAGUUCAAAUUUGAGAUUUUUGGUUCCAACCGCCGUGUCUUUGUAAGAUGCGGUGUGGGUGAACGGAUGAUCUCCGCAUGUGUAGUUCCCACCGUAAAGCAUGGAGGAGGAGGUGUUAUGAUGUGGGGGUGCUUUGCUGGUGACACUGUCUGUGAUUUAUUUAGAAUUCCAUGCACACUUAACCAGCAUGGCUACCACAGCAUUCUGCAGCGAUACGCCAUCCCAUCUUCAACAGGACAAUGACCCAACACACCUCCAGGCUCUGUAAGGGCUAUUUUAUCAAGAAGUAGAGUGAUGGAGUGCUGCAUCAGAUGACCUGGCCUCCACAAUCCCCCGACCUCAACCCAAUUGAGAUGGUUUGGCAUGAGUCGGAUGGCAGAGUGAAGGGAAAGCAGCCAACAAGUGCUCAGCAUAUGUGGGAACUCCUUCAAGAGUGUUGGAAAAACCAUCCAGGUGAACCUGGUUGAGAGAAUGCCAAGAGUGUGCAAAGCUGUCAUCAAGGCAAAGGGUGGCAAUUUUGAAGAAUCUCAAAUAUAAAAUAUAUUUUGAUUUGUUUAACACUUUUUUGGUUACUACAUGAUUCCAUAUGUGUUAUUUCAUAGUUUUGAUGUCUUCACUAUUAGUCUACAAUGUAGAAAAUAGUAAAACAUAAAGAAAACCCCUUGAAUGAGUAGGUGUGUCCAAACUUUUGACUGGUACUGUAUCUAAAAAGAUGGGUGUCAAAAUUAUUUGGACCCCUCUUUACAAAACUAUAACACCCUCCCCUUGCGAGGAUAACGACACUGAGCCUUUUUCUCAAAUGUUUUAUGAGAUUGGAGAAGACCAUUCCUCCAUACAGAAUCUUUCCAGAUCGUUGAUAGCCUUCGCCUGCGCUUAUGGAUCCGCCCUCUUCAAUUCAGUUCUAAAUCUAUGGUUAUAGCAUCCCUUAGAAAUUGACUUUCUAUUCUACUCUCGCUCACCAUUUUUUAUUUUUUAUUUUAUGUACGUUUUUCCUUUCUCAAAUUAUUAGUCUUAGACAUUCUAAGUGGUCUGACUGUUGCUGGUGUCCUGCAGGUGAGGCGGUGGCGGCUGGCGAUGCGCUCUGUGAGAUCGAGACGGACAAGGCCGUGGUUACCCUGGAGUCCAACGAUGACGGUGUCCUGGCCAAGAUACUGGUGAGUGAACAGUGUGUGUGUGUGUGUCAGUUCUUUGGGCUUCCCUCUUCUCCUUAAUUGGCAGAACAUCACUGAUGAGGUGUGCAUCGUGACCUCUGUCUGUGAGUCUCUCUCUCUGUCUCUCUCUGUGUGUGUGUAUGAAUAUUAAUGACUCUGCCCAAAGACAGACAGCUCACUUGUCUUUCAUCAACGAUGCGCCACAUGUUUGUCCCUCAGAACGGAGGGAUGAAAGCAGUUUAUCCUCCGCUGUCAGAUCGAUCUGGCAAUGGGAAAAAGCCUCCAAUUACAUCCUAACGAGAGAGAGAGAGAGGAUAUUGAUGGUAACUCUGUGUGGUACUGCUUUACCUGUAAAACACACCCUCCUUUCCUCCAUCCUUAAUUAUCAGAGGUAAAUGAUCCAGCAGUCAUAAUGACAUACACAAUAUGUACAAAAGUAUGUGGAUACCCCUUCAAAUUAGUGGAUUCGGCUAUUUCAGCCACACCCGUUGCUGGCAGGUGUAGAAAAUUGAGCACACAGCCAUGCAAUCUCCAUAGACAAACAUUGGCAGUAGAAUGGCCUUACUGAAGAGCUCAGUGACUUUCAAUGUGGCACCGUCUUAAGAUGCCACCUUUCCAACAAGUCAGUUCGUCAAAUUUCUGCCCUGCCAGAGCCGCCCCGGUCAACUGUAAGUGCUGUUAUUGUGAAUUGGAAACGUCUAGGAGCAACAACGGCACAGCCGCGAAGUGGUAGCCUAGGCAUUACAAGCUCACAGAACGGGACCGCUGAAGCGCAUAGCGCGUAAAAAGUCUGUCCUUGGUUGCAACACUCACUAACGAGUUCCAAACUGCCUCUGGAAGCAACGUCAGCACAAGAACUGUUCGUCGGGAGCUUCAUGAAAUGGGUUUCCAUGGCCAAGCAGCCGCACACAAGCCUAAGAUCACCAUGCACAAUAACAAGCGUUGGCUGGAGUGGUGUAAAGCUCGCCGCCACAGGACUCUGGAGCAGUGGAAACGCGUUCUCUGGAGUGAUGAAUCAUGCUUCACCAUCUGGCAGUCCGACGGACGAAUCUGGGUUUGGCGGAUGCCAGGAGAACGCUACCUGCCCAAAUGCGUAGUGCCAACUGUGAAGUUUGGUGGAGGAGGAAUAAUGGUCUGGGGCAGUUUUUCAUGGUUUCGGCUAGGCCCCUUAGUUCCAGUGAAGGGAAAUGUUAACGCUACAGCAUACAAUGACAUUCUAGACGAUUCUGUGCUUCCAACUUUGUGGCAACAGUUUGGGGAAGGCCCUUUCCUGUUUCAGCAUGACAAUGCCCCCGUGCACAAAGCGAGGUCCAUACAGAAAUGAUUUGUCGAUCAGUGUGGAAGAAUUUGACUGGCCUGCACAGAGCCCUGACCUCAACCCCAUCGAACACCUUUGGGAUGAAUUGGAACACUGACUGCGAGCCAGGGCUAAUUGCCCGACCAUGUAGUGUAUUUUUAUUUAUUUAUGUUCAACCCAGCAUUCAUCAACUAGCUAGGUGACACACACACACACUUGCCUGUCCCACAGCUGAUGCAAUUGGUCCCUUCCAGUCAGUCAUCCGAUCAGUGAGUGUCACAUCAUUCAGAACAGUGUCCUAGUGGCAAUUAGCCGUGUAAACCAGGCCGCGUAGCAUAGUUCAGCACAGCAUGCCCAUAUUGUUCUAGUGCUGUGGUUCAGGUGGUGUCUGUGAGUGUACCCUAAAUAAAGAGCAGAUAUGGAGUAAUUACCUAGACAGAUAGCUACAUUUGCAUAAACAAGAGUGUUGCUCUGGAGCAAGGGCUAAAAAAGGCAUUGUAUUACCUUAUCCCCAUGGCAGUGUACAAUAAUUUCUCUCUGCCUUUUUUAGCCCUUGCUCUAUUCUCAUCCUCUCCUUCAUGUUUGCUUUCUCUUCCCCUUUCUCCAUCUCUCUCCUUCCGAUCCAUGUCUCGGCUGCCAUGGGGAUAAGGUAGUUUCCAUGGCAACGGCCCAGCAGUUGUGGGUAUGGGCUUAGGAAGGCUAGGAGCUGGCAGAAAGAGGAAGAGAGAUAAGCCCCCCAGGCUCAGCCAGCAUCCAGACCAACACCCCACCCCUGAAUACCCCAGUGCAGACCCAGGCCCAGUCUCUACUGGGGGUAUUAGAGAGGAAGUAUGCCAGUCUCUCUGGAUGUGUGUCUUGGUGCUGGUUUGUAUCGUGUGUGUGUGUGUGGUGUAACUAGUAUGAGCAACGUGUUUCCUGGCUGUGUGGAAGGGGCAGGAUGGUUUCUGCUCUCUGUAGGUCACAUCACAGAUUAGCCCACAGUGGUGUAGUAGUGGUGCUCUCUAAGUAUGUACCCACUAGGAUUCUAGUUUAGCAGCCAGUGUAACAUCCGUAAACACACACAAAAGGCUGAUAUGGCACAUGUAGAGAUCCCCCACACGUUGAUGUGGGGGUGCAGGGAUUUUCGAGAUGGAUUGAUACGGUGUACAGAAUGUAUGUCAACGUUUAACGGUCGAGGUAACUAGUGGCAAGAUGGAUGGAUGGAAGAAGGAAAGGCUAGAUGAAGAUGCCUGACAUGGUCCACAGUGCUUAUCUUGUAAUUUAUCAGUCUCUGGUUCCCUCCCUCCAUUCCUACAUACUUUCUCAUUAGGAUGCUGUCAUUUUAGGAUAGAUUAAUCUUCCAGGUGGGAGUUUGUUGGCUGUGUCUCAACUCAACUGACAUCUUCCCUGCACUACAACUGGCCAAAGCAUGACUGUAAAAAGAAUGGACAAACCAUCCAUCACGUGACACCAUUCAUUUCUAUGUGAAGACUCCGUAGAUCAUUGAAGUCAAAUUAAGCCCGUUAAGAUCGCGUCUCAUGGAGACAUAACGUGGAGUUUGAGCUACUCGAGGAAGUGAUGUCGCAAGCUAGCUCAGUGCUGCCCCCUCUCAUUGAGUAAUCCUGCGUUUACAUGGUACGAGGUAGGCGUCAAACCGGAUGUCAUUGUUUUCAAUGAGAGCAAGACGGUAAAUGCCAUUGAGGCUGGCAGUGAAUGCCGUCAGCCGCCACGGUAGACAGGACUUGCCGCCAGAGUUCAAAUAUUUCAACUUUUGCCAUCUGCUGAAGCAUUGUUUUCUACCAGAUGUUGAUUUGCACUGUUUGUUUACUGAAAUCACCAUAGCAACGUAUACCCGUCGUGCUGGCUUGGUUUUGCCAUCACCGUCUUUCUUGCUUUCUUGUCCCGCUAUGCUGACUGGUAUGACGGUUUUUUCAUCCCUUGUCUAAACGCAGCAUAACUCAAGUUAAAGGCCUACCGGGGUACUGCAUGCUGCCAUUAGCAGCAUCUUUAAAUAAUCGUUUCAAGGACAUACAUCUGGUGUAUUAGAAGCAAUUAUUGGUACCAUGAAUGUUUUCGGAAAUGUUUAUUUACACGAUGAUUGACCACAAAGAUUGACAUUUUCCCAUUCACUAUAAUGGGGGAUCCUGUUUUCUGCUAAUUAUACCUGCAGUAGCAGUCGGCUUUAAACUUCCAUGACGUCAAUGAGAAGGGGCAGUCGUUCUCCCCUGGGCCAAAGAAGAGAGAAGAACCGAAAGGCCCGCACGCUGAAUAUGCUCCCAAUUUACCACCUUUAUAGAUAACGUUUCCAUCCAACACAGAAGUUAGUUAGUCAGUUCUUUGAAAUGAUACAAAAUGCAUAGGUUAACCUCAUAAAUGGGGUGUUUCGUUAUAUCAUUUAUGAACUAAUUGAUAUAUUCAGGAUAGACCCCGUAGGAGCACUAUACUCUCUGAUCUCCCUCCUAUGCUUUAAUUUGUCAGAUUUGAGAAUGCAGCCAAAUCAAAAGCCCUGGGAGACAGUGCUGCUGGGGAAAAGCCCUCCUCUGGACUCUAAUUAGACUAUUCUGCCCAGUAACAAGUUGCAGGAUGUAGGAUGCAAUCAUAUCGCCUCAAAUCCCUCUUUCUCUCUCUCCUGGCAGAUCAAUACACUCACACGGAGGCAUGCACUCACACACACACACACACACACACCAAAUCAAUACAGUAUAUCUUUCUCCAAAUAAGCCAACCUUUUCCCCACCUCUUCCUUUCUCUUCGAUCUGAAGGCGAGGGACUAAUUGUGAACUGUUUACAAGUCCCGGGUGUGAAGCUUAUCCUUGUUGAGGGUGGGAGUCCAGGUGUGAGAGUCUUGAAUUGUAUCAGAGAUCACAAGAGCAUGGUGUGUCUAAUCAAUGGUUAUUUUCUGAAAUCCGUGUCCUCCUCAUCCACCUCUUGACCUAUUAUUCUUCACUGAAGCUAGGCAAGUCUAAUGUGUGCAGUCAGGUUGAACCUGUGCCAUUUCACUGUCAACUCAGGUGGGAGGUGCUGCUCAGGUAUUUGGUUAAGUGUUUGUUAUGAUGUGAUGGAAUGGUUCAGGACCGGCACUGUCCUUUUACAACCAGAUGAUGGCAGUGUUGAGCCCCACACUAGCAGUGUGUUACACGCUGUUCCCUCUCUCGCUUUCUCUCUCUCUAAAUGUGUGCCUAUGUGCUCUUGCGUCUUUGAUGGAGACAUCCACAUAAGACAGCACGCCAUCUGUGAAUGUGAAAAAAAAAAAGGGACGGUGACAAGGUGUGUGUGUGUGUAAAGGCUGUGAAUGACCCCCAGCAGCAGCUUCUUCGAGAGCUGUAUUAAAUGUCUAUAAAUACCUGGUUGUCUAACUGGUGUUUAUAGAGCGCCUAAUAGUGGGGAGGGAACAUCGCUGGGCUCUCUCUCACUCACACACACACACACACACACACACACCCCAGUUACAUGCAUUGUGUGGCACAGUAUUGUGCAAGACUGUGGUUGUAUAUUUUCUUGUUCAUUGGUCAGUAUGUGUUCCUGUAUUUGCAGCCCAACAGAACAUCAAGCUCUAAUCUGGAGUAGGAAAAAACACCACAGUCACAGUGGAAUUGAAUGGGUUUGUUUUGUAGCACAAUAGACUUGUAUGUCUAUUGGGAUGGUGGUUGUCAGAGGCAGUUUAUGAUAUACUGCAAUGUUGCACUGAUCCUGUAAAAUUAAGAUAUGUGGACUAUGAUGGGGAUAUACUAAUCUGUCAUGCCCUUCAGACAGCUGUAUGACCCAGCCAGGCUAGGGUCAGGGGUCAGCCAUGGCUAAAGUUCAGUGUCAUGUCACAUCCAACUGUCCUGGUAAUCCUCUCAUUUCUCAUUGUAGUGAAUGUAACCAACAUAGCCCUGCCAUUAUCUAUCACCUCACACUGGGCCAGAGGUACUAUGGACACACACACAUACUACCUGUAGCUCCUAGCAAAUGGACAGGAAGCCACAUACAGUCACACAACAAACAUGCCAGACAAGGCACGACCCCAUGUUGGUAGUGUCAUGCGUUAGGGAUGUUGUGCCAGCAGCUAUUUUGUAGUAAACAAAACUGUUUUUUCUCUCACUGCCAAAGCCCUAUAUGUAGCUGUCUCACAUCCUCCCUAGCUACCUACUAUCCAAUAGACAUUAGCCUACCUUUUUGCUUUUAGUAACCCUUUGCCUUUACUCAGUGAGACAUGGUAAUAAAGCCUAUUUGACUGUUGUACUGAGGGGAAUAUCCUGGUGAAUUAAAGUGAAACUGGACUAGAGGUGUGUUCCUGGCUGGCUGACUGGCCCGGUCUGCCUGGGAGCGCAGGUGGUCUUAUCCUGCUGUUGUUUCUGGAUAGGUGGAGUCAAUGGUCUUAUUGGAGUUCCUCUAUUGUUUAGCAGCCACUGGGGAGGAUGUGACUGGGUGAACUGCUGUGAGUUUUCCUCCAAGUCCUAUGGUUCAAAACCAUCUGACAUUCAGCCAGUUGCAAGGGCUUGUGUUCUGAUCUAAUGCAGAAACCAAUUACCUGAUCAAUUUCAGUGUCGCCAUGACGCUUUCCCCGUCGCUAACAGCGGGUGUUAUUUGUGUUGUCUGUUUUUUCUCUUCUUUUCUGGCGAGCGGAGCUAUGCCCUUUAGCAGGAAUGACAGCUCCAUAAGUGGAUACCAUUUGGAAAUAGAUGGAGUGUUGUAGCCCUGCCUCAUCCAUUGUGCCUGGCCUCUCAUUUAGAACUAAUCAAUAUUGACCGAGGAAAAACACCUUGCUGACUAUGAGGGGGUGGAGACAUCCAUGCUGUGCCUUAUUGACGCUGUUAGAGACUGAGAUGAAGAGAAAGAUGGAGAGGGAUUGCGAGAGAAUCGAUGUGCGACGGGGGGGUGAAGAAACAGUAAGUAAUCCAUUCCCCCUCCAUUAGAGUCCUUGGCCUUGUAUGUUUUGUCAGAACAGAACAGCGACUAGGGAAAAUGAAGUGAAUUGAGGAGGCAGUGGGGACAGACACACAGCUGUUUGAAAGGUCUGCCUAUGGGUCCCUCUGGUAGCAGUAACAAAUGACGUGUCGAGGUAAUAUCUUUUGAAAACCCUCCCUCUCCUGGUUGUUCUUGCCAUUCUUCCUAUCAUUUGGCCUCUCCCUCUCUAGUUCCUCACUUCUUCCUUCCCCCUAAUGCUCUUCUUCCUUUCUCGUUCUCAUUCUUAUGUGCAUUCUUCCCCUCUCUCUAUUUCUCCACCUCUCCUCAGUGUUCUUCGUCUGAGUCAAAUACAAAUGCAACCUGAUAGUGAUUAUUAUUAUAAAAGGUAAUGUGUCUCUGUGUGUCCUCAGAUGGAGGAGGGCAGUCGUGCCGUGCGUCUGGGGACUCUCAUCGCCCUCAUGGUGGAGGAAGGGGAGGACUGGAAGACGGUGGAGAUCCCGCCCCCCAUGGCAGCCACGCCAGCUCCUCUCGCUCCUGCAGCUGCAGCCCCUCCCCCUCCGGCAGCCCCGGCUGCACCCCCACCACAUCCCCCCAGAGCAGCCUCUACAGGACUGUGAGUCUCACCUCUCUCUCCUCUUCUUCCACUAUUACAUUCUUAUUUACAUCACUCCAUCAUGCUCUACUCUUUCAUUCUUCAUCAAUGAAUCAAUAUAUGAAUCAGUAAAUCAAAUGGUAUUUGUGUAGUGCUUUUCACAAAUACACAAACAUUUGUCAAAAGAGCUUGACCACAGCCUUGGCAUGACCCUCUAAAGAGCAAGUAGAUGUCUCGGUGGUAAGGAAGACACCUUGAGAAGAACUAGACUAGAGCUGAAGCCCAUCCUCUUUUUCCUGGCCAGAUAAACGUUCAGAAUAAAUGUAACAACUCCACCAUCACACAACGCGCUGAGUAAGACUGCUGUCCCUUUCCACAUCCAUGUUAAAACGCAAGAGAUCCUCUCCUGCCUUAUUGACACACAUAGGACAGGAGCUGGUACUAAACUUCAAAUCAGGGCCUAUUUGAUUUGCAAACAUUUUGCUGAGUUUGUGUGUGUGUGUGUGUUUCCACUGUCCACUUGUGUUCCCAUUUUUCCCCAAAGCUUGCUCAAAUGAAGCAAGGUUACCUGUGUUUGUGAAAGAACAGGCGUCCUGUUAGGUUGAUGUUAGGCAGGAGUGAGACUGGAAAUGGACUCUAAAAGGCACUUGACGUUUUUGUUAAUUUGUGCAGUACCACUGUCAUUAUCUUCAGUCUACAUUGAGAAGGCAUGAGAGCAGUCUCAUGUCAAGGGUUUUAGGAUUUAAGUGGGUGUUAUGGCCCAAAUGCAGAGACAUUAAAUCUGUCCUUUAGAACAGUUGAAUUGCUCCUCUAUUAAAAUGUCACAGAGGGAAGCAUUUACGCUCCUAGCUGUUUUUCUGUUAGCCUUUUUAGGUGAAAGGGAAUCUAAUCAAAUCAAAUAAUAUACGUCACAUGCUUCGUAAACAACACGUGUAAACUAACAGUGAAAUGCUUACGGUAGUGAAUGGUAGUGCAAGUGCAUGUUCUGAACUGUCUAGAAUGUACAUAAACCGAGUGCAUUGACAGGUGAAUUGUCUGUAGCCUAUAUGGUCUACAUAAGCCGAAAAUAUUUGUUUACAUUUAUGUUUACUCUUUAUGUUCUCUGACCAAUCAGGACAUGAUUACGGUCAGAUUAACUUUGUGUGCGUGUCUGUGUGUCUCUCUGUCCCUGUCUGUGUGUCCUGUCCUUUCCUCUCCCCCCAGGUUGCGGCUGAGCCCGGCAGCCAGACACAUCCUGGACACACACGGUCUGGACCCCCAGCUGGCCACCCCCACGGGACACAGGGGCAUCAUCACCAAGGAGUGA